AUGUCGACUGCUCGCCCAAGAAUCACACCCCCACAACCUCAAUUCUCGCAUGGUUACACUCCUCUGAUUAACUUCGCUGGGAAGUAUGAGCACAAGAAACGAGUGGUUGUUGAACGAUGCCGCAACCAAGCCAAAACACAGCCAACCCGCCUCUCCCCCUUCGACAGCAACGCAACCUACGAAGGCGAAAUCAAAGAAGACGUACUUCCUCCACAAAUCAGACUUCGCGCCUACCACAUCUUCCGAAGAGACGCCCAUAUAAAGAUGCCAUAUAUCGCCUCGCUCGCCCUUCUCGAACACUACCAUCCACACAUUGCCCAAAUCUACAAAGACAGAGCUUGCAAGGAAAUGAAGAAGGAAUGGCUUCAAUGGCGGGAUUCGGAGUUGGCGAAAUGCAAGGAUAGGGUGCACAGAGCGGUCUUUAGAAUAAAUCAUCCAAAGUCGAGGUGGAUGGAGGAUAAGACGUUCAUGGAGAUGAUCAACAGUCGAGAUCACUGA